UUUUAGACGUAAUGAAAACUUUCCGCCACAAAAAGGGAAGCAAUGCUCUUAAGGAUUAUCUACGUGACUCCGAAACAGAUUUACGAGUGACAAAUGCGUUCAACAUCGUCUAUCACUUAUCGGCAAAUUUGGUGUACCUUCACAAACAAGAACUUGUCCAUGGAAAUAUUUCUGCUGAAUCAAUAGAAAUAUCUUUGAAUAAUGACAGAGUGACGGAUGCGGCUUUCUCAAUGGAUCAUGACCAAGUGCCUGAAGAUUCCGGACAAUUAAACGAUAUCUACGAUCUUGGUAUGGUAGUGAAGGUACUGCUGAGGAAUAUCAAACUUCCAUAGACACGUCAUCAGGCCUGGAUGUGACGUAAUCAGACGCUAAAACUUAUAUUAUCAAGUGUAAA